AUUUCAUUUAAUUUAUUAAAUAAUAAUCAUUCAAUUGCAAAUGGUUCUGGUUCAUAUCAAUAUGAUUUAUUAAAACAACUUUCAAUUAAUUUAACAGAUAUUUAUCCAACACAUAUUGGAAAUAUUUUUAUUGAUUAUAAUGGAAAUUUAACGAUAAAUGCAUCAAAAUUAUUGGGUAGUGAGUUAUUAAUACGUAUUAACCGUUUAUCUAACUGGAAACAUGCUUAUAUUGAAAUAAAAGCUGAUAGAGCUUUUUUUUUCUUUAAACAAAAUGUUUUAUGUAAUUUUUAUUAUAAUAUUUAUCAAUCAUCAUUUAAUUUAACGUUAAUGAGAAAUCAAAAUAGUCAAUUUCAAUGGGCAUUUAUGAAACAUAAUUCUCAUAUUGAUCAUUUAUUUAUUAUUAAUACAUCUCUAAUAGAAUUUGAUCAUCAUACUCAGGUAAUUCGAUUAAUUGAUAGUAAAAGAACGAACAAACUUUGAAUGACAUUUUGCGAAUAGUAAGAUAAAAUUUUGCAGGAUAGUUUAUAGUGUGCUUUCACUUCUCUUGUGACUCAAGGUUUCUUUUGUGACCAUUAUAUAGUCUGAAGUAGUGUCUAUCUACUGAGUACAUUUUGGGAUUUAGAGUACCUUCGAUGCUUUGCCUUUUUUUUUAUUCGAAGGACAAAAAAUGAAAAGAUACCCACCCAAAAUAGUGUCUAGUGUCUAUUAAAAAAAUUUUGAAUUCGAUCGAACCUAGCAUCUUGGAGAAACGGAAGCAAAAAUUAGGGCCACUUUCUUUGCUCUGCAUCUUAUAGAAGACAACAUCCGGAAACUUUAUUUCUACCUGCUCUAAAAGUUUCCAAUUUCUCUGAUCAACUGCUUUUCAGAUAUUCCGAAUAGGAUGCAGAAUGCCUUUAAAGAAAAGAAAAUUUCUUCGAAAUUAAUUUAUAAUUGGAAAAAAUAAUUUCACAAAGGUUAAGUAAGAUUUUUUCU